AUGACCCGUCAGCUCCUCCGUAUCCAGAUGCAGUUGUCAUCCACCACCAGCAGCAGCAACGCAACAUUGAUUCACCACCCACUUACGAGGACUCCACUGAUCCUAAUUGAAACAGCAAUUCUGUUGGCAGUGCUUAAUAUCAUUCCGCUGGGUAUGCUCAUCGUGGGCAUUAUCAACCUGUCCAACUGCCGCAUCGAGCCGUACAUCCCGAUCUGGCUGAUCGUAACCGGUGUUUUCUCACUGCUCAAGAGUGCUACGAACUUCUUCUAUCGAGCCAGACGACAACGAUUGCAGCAGCAGCAGCAACAGCCAAGCGCAAUACCAUCCAACAUCAAUCCGAAUCCUUUCGAUGGC